AUGUUCGAAAGGGCCUACCAUUCCCCGCCACUGCUCACGAUUCCCGCCAUUACCCACGACUACCGUUGCCAUGGGGCCAUGGGGAUACCCACCCCAGUGACCGUGCUCUCGGUGAAGCUGGCCAAACCACAGCGAGAGCGCGUGCGCAAACUUAAGCAGGGGCACGUUGACAAUGUCUUCCCUCUUGCGAGUGGCUACGUCAAGAAAGAGAAGGAGCUGGCACGGGAUGUCAAGAAGGAGUCGGGAAAAGCCGCGGUGGAGGUAAAGAAGGAAGUGAAGCAAGAGGUCAGGGAUGCGGCAAGAGAGCGCCAGAUGCAGAAGGAGGUGGCAAGCGUCACACAUAGCAAGUCGAGCUUGGGUGUGAAGGAGGAAGCAAAGACUGAGACGUGCAAGGUGGAGGUGAAGGAGGAGAGAGAAACGGAGAAAGGCAAGGAGGUCAAGGAGGAGUCGAGGGAGGAUGCGAAGGAGGAAGUUAAGGAUGAGGUGAAGGAUGAGGUGAUGGAGGAUGUGAAGCAAGUGAAGGCGGAGGUGAAGGAAGAGGUGAUGGAGGAGAUGGUGCCGGAGAUCAAGAACGGGGUAAAGAAGGAAGUGAAGCGUGAGAUCAAGCGGGAGGAUCUCACGUGGAACCGCCAGACGCUGCUCAGCUUUGAGUCGUCCGGGAUUCAGUUGGUGUGGAAGUUUGCAGACAUGGUUGCUGUAUCCGGACUGUCCGAAACCUGGAAGGAAGUAAGGACCAGAGUGAAGCAGGAGUGUGUGGAAGAAGCCCAGCGCACGUGCUCGGUCAAGCAGGAAGCAGCCGAAGAGGCCGGAUCAGUUCGUCGUCCCAGCAAGAGGCGCCGCAUCAGUCACAAGAGGCCGGACAUCUCGCCUCCAUCGUUUGAGUCGCGGCUGCCAGAGUGGGCCGAAAAAUGCCUAGCAUUUCAAAGCUCUGGCAAGACGUGGCUGCCCACGAAGCCUUGCUGCCCGGCCAGCCCGUUCCUGGGGCUGGCAGCUGCGCCGUGGGAAGGAUGUGAGGAGGAUAGGACAGUGCCUUGCGUGCAGCGCCUGGGCAAGGUGCAGUUCUGCGAGUUCCGGGACUUCUUCCACGAGAACCCGCACCAUGCCCUCUUCAAUGAUCACGGCAAGGACCCUGGUGGUUCAGGGCCAGUGGAGAAGGCGCACGGUCCCAAACCUGAGCACUUGCAGGAUCCAGCUGCGAAGCAGCACCGUGCAGCGGAGAUGAUGAAGAUGUGGCCCUGGAUGCACGACCUUCCGACGCGGGCGUGGGCCGGCCACGGCUGGCUGGUGGAGGAGGACGGCAUGCGCAGGCUCUCGCCGACCGGCGGCGGCUCCGCCAUGAAGGGCCUCGAGAUCUUCGAGGCCUUCGGCGCCGUGCCCGAGGAAAGCCAGGAAGCCCCCGGCGCCUCGGCUCCGAGCAGCUCCGGGGCCGCCGGAGCCGAUCUCAUCACGAGGAGCUUCCGCAGCCUGGAGCGCCAGAGCGGGGUGCAAAACAUCAGGUGGAAACAGGACAAGGCAUGCUGGUGUGUUUCCCACACGUACUCAGGCAAACAGAAGCAGCUCCACUUCCCCAUCUCCAAGCGCAUGAGGGAGGGCCUCUCCGAGGACGAGGCGGUGGCGGCCGCGCUGGCGGAGGCCAAGGCGCACCGCGAGGAGCUGGUGCGCCAGGGCAAGCUGCAGCCCCCGAAGCCCGUCACAGCCAAAGCCUCCGGGUCCACGGUGAGGGGCGUCAAGUGCCGGGAAAACGGAACCUUUCGGGUGCAAAUCACCAAUCCACGCACAAACAAGAAAGAGGAAGGCGGCACCUUCAAGACGCUGGCGGAGGCCGAGGCCAAGGCGCGGGAGAUGGCCAAGAAGCUCGGGCUCCAAGCCGAGGGCGAGGUGGUGCCGGUGGACCGGCUCGCGGAGGCCCCGCACUUCGAGCCGCUCGGGCCGCAGCCGGGAGUGAAGUGGAGGCACGGUGCGCAGCAUUGGCAAGCCUGGUGCACAGUCAACGGCAGGCAGCGAAAUUUCACCGUGAAGCCCAAGGACUAUUCGGAGAAGGAGGUGGAGAAGGUAGACUCGAUAGAGUGCAAUCGCGGCGAAAGGCUGUGGGGGCAGGUUGACAAUGUCUCCCCUCGCGUGAGUGGCUACAUCAAGAAGGAGAAGGAUGUCACUGACACAGUGGGCGGAAGGCAAGAUGUCAAGCAGGAGCUGGCAAAGGACACCAAGAAGGAGCCGGAAGAAGUCACGGUGGAGGUCAAAAAGGAAAUCAAGCAAGAGGUGAAGCGCCAGAUGCAGAAGGAGGUGGCAAGCGUCACGCAGAGCACGUCGAGCUUGGAUGUGAAGGAAGAAGUAAAGACUGCGACGUGCAAGGUGGAGGUGAAGGAGGAGAGAGAAACGGAGAAAGGCAAGGAGGUCAAGGAGGAGUCGAGGGUGGAUGCGAAGGAGGAGGUGAAGGAGGAGGUGAAGGACGAGGUGAAGGAAGAGGUGAUGGAGGAUGUGAAGCAAGUGAAGGCGGAGGUGAAGGAGGAGGUGAUGGAGGAGAUGGUGGCGGAGAUCAAGAAUGGGGUGAAGCGAGAAGUGAAGUGUGAGAUCAAGCGGGAGGAUCUCGCAUGGAACAGCCAGACGACCAGAGUGAAGCAGGAGAGUGUGGAAGAAGCCCAGGGCACGUGCCCGGUCAAGCAGGAAGAGGCCGAGGAGGCCGGAUCGGUUCGUCCCAGCAAGAGGCGCCGCAUCAGUCACAAGAGGCCCGACAUCUCGCCUCCGUCGUUUGAGUCGCGGCUGCCAGAGUGGGCCGAGAAAUGCCUAGCAUUUCAAAGCUCUGGCAAGACGUGGCUGCCCACGAAGCCUUGCUGUCCAGCCAGCCCGUUCCUGGGGCUGGCAGCUGCCGCGUGGGAAGGAUGUAAGGAGGAUAGGACACUGCCGUGCGUGCAGCGCCUGGGCAAGGUGCAGUUCUGCGAGUUCCGGGACUUCUUCCACGAGAACCCGCACCAUGCCCUCUUCAAUGAUCACGGCAAGGACUCCAGUGGUUCAGGGCCAGUGGAGAAGGCGCACGGUCCCAGACCUGAGCACUUGCAGGAUCCAGCUGCGAAGCAGCACCGCGCAGCCGAGAUGAUGAAGAUGUGGCCCUGGAUGCACGACCUUCCGACGCGGGCGUGGGCCGGCCACGGCUGGCUGGUGGAGGAGGACGGCAUGCGCAGGCUCUCGCCGACGGGCGGCGGCUCCGCCAUGAAGGGCCUCGAGAUCUUCGAGGCCUUCGGCGCCGUGCCCGAGGAAAGCCAGGAAGCCGCCGGCGCCUCGGCUCCGAGCAGCUCCGGGGCCGCCGGAGCCGAUCUCAUCACGAGGAGCUUCCGCGGCCUGGAGCGCCAGAGCGGGGUGCAAAACAUCAGGUGGAAACAGGACAAGGCAUGCUGGUGUGUUUCCCACACGUACUCAGGCAAACAGAAGCAGCUCCACUUCCCCAUCUCCAAGCGCAUGAGGGAGGGCCUCUCCGAGGACGAGGCGGUGGCGGCCGCGCUGGCGGAGGCCAAGGCGCACCGCGAGGAGCUGGUGCGCCAGGGCAAGCUGCAGCCCCCGAAGCCCGUCACAGCCAAAGCCUCCGGGUCCACGGUGAGGGGCGUCAAGUGCCGGGAAAACGGAACCUUUCGGGUGCAAAUCACCAAUCCACGCACAAACAAGAAAGAGGAAGGCGGCACCUUCAAGACGCUGGCGGAGGCCGAGGCCAAGGCGCGGGAGCUGGCCAAGAAGCUCGGGCUCCAAGCCGAGAGCGAGGUGGUGCCGGUGGACCGGCUCGCGGAGGCCCCGCACUUCGAGCCGCUCGGGCCGCAGCCGGGAGUGAAGUGGAGGCACGGUGCGCAGCAUUGGCGAGCCCAGUGCACAGUCAACGGGAAAAAUCGCAAUUUCACCGUGAAGCCCAAGGACUAUUCGGAGAAGGAGGUGGAGAAGGCCUGGAAGCAGGCGGUGGCCUGGCGCAAGCAGCAGGAGAAGGAGAGGGAGCGGGCUGAGAAGGGUCAAAAGCGCUGA